GCUAGAGCGUGACGGUAACACUUCGUCUUCAAGGACUAGGGCGACUGGAGCGCGCGACCCUUCCUCCGGAGCGCGACGCAAAACCGGCCGGGCUUGCAGACUUGACCUUCCACGUCCUUGUACUUUCAGAAACUUCUCUUCCAGAGUUCAUUCUCGCAGAGCCCAGACUCUUGCUUUGCAUCCACGAUGAGCAACAUGACCCAGAAUCUACGGGAAAUAAUGAAGGUUAUGUUCAAAGUUCCCGGUUUUGAUAGAGUUUUGGAAAAGGUGACACUUGUCUCUGCUGCUCCUGGAAAACUAAUCUGUGAAAUGAAGGUGGAAGAGCAGCAUACUAAUAAGUUUGGAACGCUCCACGGAGGCAUGACAGCAACCCUAGUGGACAGCAUAUCCACCAUCGCUCUAAUGUGCACAGAAAGAGGAGCACCCGGAGUCAGUGUUGACAUGAACAUAACGUACAUGUCACCUGCUAGGAUUGGAGAAGAAAUAGUGAUCACAGCACAUAUUCUGAAGCAAGGAAAGACGCUUGCAUUUGCCUCAGUGGAUCUAACCAACAAGACCACGGGAAAACUAAUAGCACAAGGCAGACAUACAAAACACCUGGGAAGCUGAGAACAGCUGGAUGACCCGAAAAAGCCCAACAAUGCUAAGUAUGGUUUGUGAACAACUUUCUGAAAUAAAUUUAUCAAAAGCAG